CAACGGGGCUCAGUUAGAAACGAAAUUCAUUGUUGUCAGCAGCUCUGCCCUUGAACUCUCCUAGCUUGAGGAAGCACGCUUAGCACCAAGAUGUAUUCGAUUCCACCACAGAGUGCAAAGGCAACGCAGACGGAAGCGCAGCCAGUUUUUCAGCAACAAUGCGUUCCUCUGAUGAUGGUCGAUGAGGAUGGCAAGAAGAGGUAUUGCUAUCAUGGCGGCAAAUGUCGUUGCCAACAAUGCGAGAUCAUACGGCAAAAGCAACUGGAUGCAUUGGAUGCGAAUCUGGAUGCAUUCCUACCGCAUAGCCGUCUCCAUUUGGAGCCAUCGAUUCGGCAGGCGAAGCGCAAGCAAUACAGCUUGCAGGCCACAUACGUUUCACCGGAAAUGGGCAAAAUGAUCCUCGAGGAUCAUUUGCGGCUUAUUAAGGAAGUGCCCACAUACUAUUUGCCGGACAAAUAUUCAAUGAAAAAUCUGUGGAAGUUUGAGAAUCCGCGGGAGAAGAGCACCCAAACGGAAGUUCUUAUUGGCAGCUAUGGGGUCGAUGGUUGUCCGUGCACGGAUAAGAGCGUGUGCUGGGACAUAUAGAGGGGCAAGAGUUGACUGUCCAAAGAAUAUCAUAUAUAUGUUAUCAGAUACAAACAACAGUUGGGAGAAUAAAAAGUUUCGA